UCCCACAAGUAGUUUUACAAAUCCAUUCUUGAGUAACUUCGGUGCUAUAAUCCAGCUAGUAAACUAGCUAGUAAAUAGCUGAAUUGGCAGCACUGUUGCCCCCAGUCGAGGCCCAGUUCAUCAGUUCAUCAGUUCAUCUGCAGCUGUCAGUUGACAAGAUGUCGUGUUUGCGUCCAGAACAAGUUGCGCUGCUGCUCUGCUCGGUUCUCGCCCUGUUGGGCGUCCAGGUGGCAGCCGAAGUAUCAGCUGGAGCUGGAGCUGGAGGUGCAGCUGGAGCUGGCAUCACGAGCAGUUCACAGCAGCUGGAGCUGAAGCUUAGCGCGCUGCGUGUGCACAAGCAGCUGCUGCAGGCGGAACUGGGUCGGAUCUAUAUGGAGGCAUUCACGCCGGAAACGCCGCUGCUGCUGGAUGAGCUGCAGCGGCGCCAGCAGGAGUUAGAGCAGCAGAUCGAGAUGCUGGAGGCUCUGAAGCCGGCGGGCAACAAGGUGCAGCAGGAUGCGCAGCAUUUGGCGCUCAGUCUGGCCGCCGACUUUGAGUUACUGCAGCACAAACUGGACGACCUAAAGCAGCAGCUGGAUGCGCUGCAGCCGAACAGCAGCGGGAGCGGAAAACAGCCGCUGGAAAUGCAGCGCGAUGUGAUCAAUAGCACGCCCAAGACUCCGGUCAGCGCCGGCUCCUAUUUCUUAACGCCCUUGCUGGCCAUGCCCGAGCCGGAUCAGAGUUCGCCGUCGCUCAUUAAGCGUCUGCUGGCCAUGCUGCGACCCGGCGGCACCACCACGACGCCAACCAGCCAGAUUUCAUCCGGCUUCCGGCUACGCGGCGGACACUGGCCGGAACAGGGCGCCGCCGGCAAGAAUGUCCAGCUGCUGCUGAGCGCCGAGGAGCUGCUGCCCCAGCUCCAGCUGCAGCGGCAAUUCCUGGACGAGGCCAUCAAGCGCCUGGAGCUGCUGGCCGUCAAGCAGGGCGACAAGCUCUAGAUAUUUAACUCAAAUUGGAUAUCGGAUACAGUUUUUUUUUUUUUUACCAUUCGUUUUUUU